AACGCCUUGACUCUGCUGAGACGCUUGGAGACAGCCAAUCAGGCCGCCUCCCCGCUCCGCUAGCACGGCUCUGGCAAAACAACAGCUCGCCUCGAUCCGCUUCCUGCUUCGCAGCUCAGCCACCGAUAAACCGAGCGUCUAAAAUGUCAAACUGACCGAAGCGCUUCGUUCUGGUUGGUGUUACGUUUGUUUUGGCGUUUGGUUUUGGCUGGAGGCAGUGGGAGCAUUCCGAGGUGUUGACGCGCCGCUAGCUGCUUGCUAGCUGUAGCUAACAUCGGCGAUCCAGCAGAGAAAGAUGGGGUCCAUCCUGAGUCGCAGAAUCGCUGGUGUUGAGGACAUCGAUAUCCAGGCCAACUCGGCCUAUCGAUUUCCACCGAAGUCUGGGAAUUAUUUUGCGAGCCACUUCUUCAUGGGUGGAGAGAAAUUCGACACGCCGCAUCCAGAGGGAUACCUUUUUGGGGAAAACAUGGACCUGAAUUUUCUUGGAAACAGGCCAGUGCAGUUUCCGUAUGUGACACCUGCACCCCACGAGCCUGUGAAAACCCUCAGGAGUCUGGUUAAUAUUAGAAAGGACUCUUUGCGUUUGGUCAGGUAUAAAGAUGACUCUGACACACCGGUGGAGGAAGGUGGAAAACCAAAGGUCCAGUAUGGUGUGGAGUUCACAUUUGACGCUGAUGCUCGUGUGGCCAUCACCCUCUACUGCCAGGCAUUUGAGGAGUUCUCCAAUGGGAUGGCUGUGUACAGCCCAAAGGAUCCAUCAAUGGCCUCUGAAACUGUGCACUACAAACGGGGCGUGAGCCAGCAGUUCUCCAUGCCAUCCUUCAAAAUCGAUUUCAGCGAGUGGAAAGAGGAAGAUCUGAAUUUUGACCUGGACCGAGGAGUGUUUCCAAUGGUAAUCCAAGCUGUGGUAGAUGAAGGGGACGAUUGCCUUGGGCACGCGCAUGUACUUUUGGCCGCCUUCGAAAGACAUGUCGACGGCAGUUUCUCUGUCAAGCCUCUGAAGCAGAAGCAAAUUGUGGAUCGUGUCAGCUACCUCUUACAGGAGAUCUAUGGGAUUGAGAACAAAAACAACCAAGAAACAAAGCCAUCCGAUGAUGAGAACAGUGAUAACAGCAACGAGUGUGUUGUCUGUCUGUCUGACCUGCGAGACACACUCAUCUUACCUUGCAGACACCUGUGUCUGUGCAACUCCUGUGCAGAUACUCUGCGUUACCAGGCCAACAACUGUCCGAUCUGCAGGCUGCCCUUCAGAGCCCUGCUGCAGAUCAGAGCUGUGAGGAAAAAGCCUGGAGCUCUUUCUCCUGUGUCCUUCAGUCCUGUUCUGGCUCAGACCAUGGACCAUGACGAGCAUUCAAGCACAGACUCGGUUCCUCCCGGCUUUGAACCCAUCUCUCUGUUAGAGGCUCUGAAUGGUCUGCGGUCAGUGUCUCCUGCCAUCCCGUCUGCUCCCCUCUAUGAUGAGAUCAACUUCUCAGGGGGCAUCGGAGGUGAAAACAGACAGCUCAGCUCUCCGGAGCAUUUAAGUGAUGGAAGUCUGCAGAAAGGCAAAGUCAGCAAGUCACCUGACAGCACCCUGAGAUCUCCAUCUUCUCCCAUCCAGGAGGAGGAUGAAGAGAAGCUGUCAGAGAUGUCAGACGCUCAACCGCACACACUUCUAUUAAGCAGCCCCGCCCCCACAGAUGCCACAGCUACCGAGGACGUGGCAGAAUCCCUGUCUCCAGAUGACGAGGAUAGGAUGCAUUCUGAAAGAGACAUCCUACAGGACUGCAGCAGUGAACACAGCCGCUUGACCAAAACAGAGAGCGACCCACCGGGAGACCUGUCACUGCCAGGGUCUUCAGAGUCUACAGAAAGCCUGAAAAGCGAGAGCACAAACUGCUCCAGCCAGCCUCUCCUGUGUCCCACGAGCAGCCUUCAUAUGGAAGACGAACACCUCAACCCCUGACUCUGAUCCAGGUUUUCCUUCCCAUUGUUGCUUCACUAAGAUCAUCCAGUUCCUUCAUUCCUUUCUCCGCCCCAGCCCAGUCUUCUGCUUGUGUGAUCAGAGGAUCAAAGGCCCUGAAAGGAAGGAACGAGGGAGGACUCUGUUUAUUUCAUCAAUGUCUCUCGACAUUACAAAAGAAUUUUGACUGCUGCAAAGAUGCUUUUGGUACCUUACUCUAUGACUGAUGUUUGGAAAAAAAACAAAACAAAACGAUAUUGUUUCCCCAGCUUUGAAAAGACUUAAUUAACUCUCACAUGGUGUUCAGUUGUGUGUCUUGGCCAGAGUUGUGGUCUAGUAAUGUAGAUUCCAGAGAUAUUCCACUACCAGUCUUGGUGGUGCUUUAAAGUACACUUACUUUAAAUUAACGCUGUAUCAGUUUCUUGACACUAAAUUCAGAAGAAUUUAUAAAUACGGUUUGUGUUUUAGAUAUCAUAUUCAUCAGUGAGACGCAUUAAUGACUUGAGAACUUGUUUUUCCCUGUCAGAUCGAUUUGGUUUGAGCAUAAUUUUGAAAACAUAUUACUUAUUAGUAUCUGUGUGUCCAUUUGAGAUGAUUUUGCACUCCGACAAAAUCCUUUAUAAUCCAUUCCUUAUAACAGAAGUAUAUGACAAGAUUAGUUAUCUGCUGUCUUAAACGUCGACACAUCUGUUUUACUAUUUCAAAUGAUGUGAUAUCUAUGUAUGAUAACUACUAGAAUCCUGUGCAGUUACUUCCAAAGUUGUACACUUGCAUAUUAUAUAUAUAUAAAAAAAAAUCCUGGUGUUGAACUAGACUCAUUUAACAUGCACAUUAUUUAAGACUGAUAAUCAAUAAGAGCUACAGAUUUACAUCCUAACAGCUGAACUCAAAGAUAGCUAAAGCCUGCAACAAGCAUAGAUGCUCCAGCUACAUGUACGCUGACUUAGUUUGGCACAGUAAGUGUGCUUGUCGUAGAUGUGGCAGAUCUCUGUACAGUCUAUUGUGGCAAUGCCAGUGUCUGCUUAUGUGAUGUAGCUGCAAAAAAGGGGUCACGUGUUUGUGUGGCUGCAACGCCUUUACUUACCUUGGUCCUGUAUGUGUAGCAUCAUGCAUAUAGAUUUAUGUGCCUUGAAUUAAUAUGGCUGCCUGCUUGUUGCAAUGGACAUUAGUGUUCUUACCGAUGCUACAGUAAACAACAAUAUACGGCCCGUAGACAGGAUUUUUUGAUGCUGAUGUACAGAGCCUUUUUUUCUAUCGCAAACUUCAUGCUACUGGGAAAAAAAAUGUAUCUUGUUAUUGUUAUUGAGCAAUAUUCAACUGAACUGUUCAUUUACUAUGUUAUGACCAUGUAUCGAUUAUGCAUUUAUUAUUAUUAUUUAGGUUCAAGUGGCUUGUCGUAAUGUAUGUGUUUAUUGGAAGGAACACAUCCCAAUGCAUUUUGCAUUUUGAAUAAUUGGGCUCGCAUUUGCAUGUGAAUUUGUAGAGGUUUAAAACUUCUCACUGCUUUUAAGUAACGUGGUUAUUUUGUCUUUAUCCCCUCCUCUUCUGUGCCAUUUCAACUUGACACUGUGCCUUCCCGUUCUGACCACUAUUGACCUGGUAUCCAGGAUAACUCCACAGUAGGUGGUUUUUGGCUCUCUGUAAAAUCAAUACCUGUCUCUCCUCGUGUGUAUAGCAGCAUGUGUAUAACAAUAAAGAUCA